AUGAACGUCAGUGAUCUGUGGGACAAUAACAAGAGUGCCAAUACUCAUGUAUUUGAAGUCCCAGAAGUGCUGCGUAUCACUUUCACUUUUUUCCGGUUAGAAUCAGUGAGCAAUUGUCCACACGAGUUUCUUCAGAUUCAUGAUGGAGAUUCCUCUGCAGCACUCCAACUUGGAAGGUUCUGUGGCUCCAUUCUCCCUCAUGAACUCCUCAGUAGUGACAAUGCCCUCUAUUUUCAUCUCCAUUCUGAACAUUUCAGAAGUGAGAGAGGCUUUACAAUAAGAUGGGAAACACAGCAACCAGAGUGUGGAGGUGUACUGAUGGGUACUUAUGGUUCUAUUAAGUCUCCGGGAUAUCCUGGAAACUAUCCUCCGGGAAGAGAUUGUAUCUGGAAAAUAAUAACCAGUCCUGGACUCUUGAUAACAUUUACUUUUGGAACCUUGAGUCUGGAGCACCAUGAUGAUUGCAGCAAAGAUUAUCUUGAGAUUCGAGAUGGUCCUUUGUAUCAGGACCCGGUUCUUGGGAAAUUCUGCACCACUCUUUCUGUCCCACCACUCCAAACUACAGGCCCCUUUGCCAGAAUUCAUUUUCAUUCUGACAACCAGAUUAAUGACCAAGGCUUCCAUGUCACCUACUUAACAUCACCGUCGGAUCUGCAUUGUGGAGGAAACUACACAGACCCAGAGGGUCUUCUCUCCUCUGACUUGUCUGGACCUUUCACUCAUAGCAGACAGUGCAUCUAUCUUAUAACACAGCCCCUGGGAGAACAAAUACAGGUCAACUUCACCCAUUUGGAGCUGGAAGGCCAGAGCGGCUGUUCCCAGAGUUACAUGGAG